AUGACUCUACCGCCAGCAUUGACCACAACAGAGGCGACAGCGGGAAGGGUGCUUGGCGCGGUGUAUGCCCCACCGUUGAAAGCGCUGAAUAGAAAGAUGACCGCGCACCGCUCCUCGCUGCUUCCGUGCCUCUCGGUCGCGACUGCGUCCUCUCUGCGUCCUGCGCGGGUGAAGUCUAUCACUGCUGCUGCUGCUGCUGCUGCCACCGCACCCACCAUGGUGACUGCGGUGGCGUCAGUGUCUCGGCUAGCAGACGCUGCUACCACACACCCGCUUCUCAGCCAACUGCUCCGCGCCUCUGUGCCUGCUGCAUCCGUAGAGCUGCCACAGCAACCGGAAGAAGUGACUGUAGCGGAAGCGGUGGAGGCGCUAGGAGGAUCGGACGUCGUAGAGGAGCUCCUUUCUCAGCUCAACGGUGUGGCGCACUCAGCCGAUGCAAACGAUGACGGCGCUUUCGCGAACGCCAUCGAGACAUGUGUUCAGCAAACUCUUGGUGCCUCUGAAGUGUCCGUUGACGCCAUUGAAGGGCACGAGAUCGCCGUCACGGGCGAGGAGGGAGGGGAGAGUGGCACGCGAGCGAGUCCGCUCGUGAACGUGACGAUUCCGCUUACCGUCUCGGACUUCCAUGCUGCGACCUUUACCUCGUUAGCCGCCCACCAGCGUCGCAGUCGGCUAAGCAACCCAACCGCUGCCUCUGCUCCAAGACGCAACUAUUCCUCGUGUCUGGUGCUUCGCGUCCAGCGCUGUAGAGGCGUCCUUGCGCUGCGGAUUGUGAACGUCCGCUAUGAAGGCACCAGCGGCACGUCACACAGCACCCUCCGCGGUGUUGCGUCCGACACCGAAGACCAAAAGAAAAAGCGCAGAGUCAGAGAGAAGAACCAGAGGCAGAGGUGCACUGCUCCUCGUCAACACCGGCAACCCGCCUCUCGCAAAGAGCGAGGAUCAACGACCGGAGUCGAUGUCGUCGCAUCAUGCGCUCCACCUGCGCCAAGCGACGCUGAAGACAUCGUAGCAGGCACUGUUGUCGGCGAGGUCGAGUCUUUCUCGAUCGGUUCGGCCGACACGCGGCCUUGGUCGUCUGCGGUCGCUCUUGUGGACGGGAGAAGCCUUAGAGCGAGUGCCGCAUCCCCUACGCACAGCCAGCGAACGCCGAAGGGCGCGGGAAGCCUGCGGCAAGGCAGCCGCACGACGGCGGCGGUUCAUCACGCAGCCACCAAGAGCCGCGCCGAUGCCGUCUUAUUUGACCCGUGCUGUCCCGAGACGACGACACCGUUCAACGCGCAGCACCGCCCCGUCACCUACAAUGCCACCAUCGCCUUUCAAGCGCCGCUGUGA